ACGGUGUCGUGCGCUCGCAUCGCCACGCAGGCAGACGAGCUGGGGAUCAGCGUCGGCGAGGAGAUUACCGUGAUCGAGGUCUACGACGACGGCUGGGGUCUGGCCAUGAACGGCCACGGCGAGCAGGGCAUGAUCCCGAUGAACUUUUUG